AUGGCGUCCAAGUCAGCCGGCGAAUUACACAGUGCCAAUGAUGCAUACACUGUUUCGGAAGAGCCUCUUGGAUCUAUUGAUCAUGUGAAAAUCAUCAUUAUCGGAGCGGGUGCGAGUGGAUUGAAUAUGAUACGCACUCUUCGCAACAGUAUCCCAAACUCCGAAACCGUCGUUUACGAAAAGAACCCGGAUAUUGGAGGCACCUGGUACGAGAAUAGAUAUCCCGGUUGCCAAUGCGAUAUUCCCUCCCAUAACUACCAAUUUUCCUGGGCGCCAAACCCUCACUGGAGCAAGUUUUACUCUGAAGCCGGAGAAAUCCACCGCUAUUUCAAAGAUUUGACGACUCGAGAACAUCUUGACCUAAAUAUCAAGUUGCAACAUCAGGUCGAACAUGCAGAGUGGAACGAGGAUGAUGGCCUAUGGCUAGUUCGUGUGAGAAACCUCACCACCGACACAGUCAAGACUGAUUCGGCCCACUUUCUUUUGGAUGCCUUGGGGAUUCCCAACAACUGGAAGUGGCCUGAUAUUUCGGGUCUUCACACGUUUAAAGGCGAUCUAGUCCACAGUGCAAACUGGAAGGAGGACUUUUCGUACAAAGGGAAGCGUGUGGCGGUGAUAGGAAACGGGUCUUCUGGUGUACAAAUUGUACCUGCUAUGAAACCAGAUGUUGAAACGCUUGUUCACUGUGUUCGAUCGCCCCUCUGGGUAGCCCUGGCGGGCGUGGACAGAAUGGCUGAAAGUACAGCUGGCAAAGUGCUGUCAGAGCUAGAACUUGACGGAGAUCGUUUUACAUCAGGUCAAAUGACCAAGUUUGAGACGGACAAAGAAUUUUACACCAAAUUCAUCAAAGCUACAGAAGAGGUGGUUAACAAUAAGUUUGCUUAUCUUGUUACCUCAUCUCCAUUGGCGGAUGUUGUGAAAGAAAAUAUGAUCAAGUAUAUGACCCAAGCCUUAAAAGGCAACCAGGAGCUUAUCAGCAAGCUGGUACCUGAUUUCCCUUUCGGAUGUCGACGUAUUACACCAAGCUCGGCAUACUUGGAUGCGUUUCACAAAGACAACGUCCAAAUCGUGACCCAUGCAUGCAUGCCAAACUACUUCAUGUUUUUGGGACCAAACGCACCUAUCGGACAUGGUAGUGUGCUGACCAUCACCGAGCACGUGGGAAAAUACAUCACUCGGAUCAUUCGAAAGUGCCAGGAAGAAGGUAUCAAAUCGAUAAUUCCGAGGCAGGAUGUCGUGGACGAAUUUGCCGAGCAUAUCGCAGCUUUUAUGCCUCGAACUGCUUGGGCAGGAAGCUGUAGUUCUUGGUUCAAGAACGGGGAAAAGGAUGGCCCUGUUACAGCAUUGCACCCGGGAAGUUGUAUUCAUUGGUUCCACAUGCUGCAGAGCUUCCGAGGAGAGGACUUUGAAUUUACACACUGGUCCAAAAACAGAUUCCAAUACUUGGGUAAUGGGUUUUCUACAUUGGAGGCCCCGGGAAUGAACUCGACAUGGUACUUGGAUGAACCAGACAAAAUGCUUUGA